AAAAACCUAGCAGACGAUAUUCGUGUCGCGGGUGUGUUAUAAGCAACAGAGAGUGUGGUGUAGUGUCACUGCACACGUGUUCGGUUACCGCACGAGUUGUUAAAGUAGCCUCGUUGUGUCACUUUUGUUAGUAAUGAACGCAGGAGUGUGUCAAGUUUACCGCAAAGUUUCAGUCCUGUGUUCCAGACACGAAUGAUUCCUCAUCCUGUGCUGCUGUUUAAAGUGACCAGACUGCUGGACGAUGAAUCAGGUGAAGAGGGCCCUCACACGCACAUUGAACGAGGGGCCCAAGACAUAUCUGGACAGACACUGUAUCAUUUCAGACACUUGGGCUCUUUUGAACAGUAAACCACCCACUCAGAGCACACCAGCAAAGUGGAGUUACAGAGCUGGAAGCGGAGCAGGAGCGGAUCUCUUCAGCAGUCCACAGUCUACUUGUGUCUGAUCUUUACCAUUAUCAGUGGAAACUUAAGAUGCAGAAGAUCACGACUGCAGCAACAAUCAACAGAGAUCCAGCAGCAGCAGCAGAGAUCAGCACGAUCAGAGACACUGAAUCUGGAGGAACUGAAGAAGAGUAAAAGAGAGAAAAUGCAGCAGAUCACGACUGCAACUAUAAUCAACAGAGAUCCGGCGGCAGCAGCAGAGAUCAGUGCUAUCAGAAAUACAGAGUCUAGAGGAACAGAAGGAGAGUAAAAGACAGAUAGUCAUGAAUGUUACAGUCAGCCGGUGUAUCCAGACCAGAUGUAUCCAGACCAGAUGGUGGGCCUGCACCUACACACAACCUCAUCAAAGCCCCGAAUGUCAGCACUAGUGUUUUCAACUAGACGAUCACAUGUGAAGACCUCAUCGACACGUCAGCCAUUGGAACAGAUCCUCAGCAAAGACCACAAGAACCAAACAAGCAGCACAGACUCCUGUGGCCAGCUUUGUCUUCAUACCAGUGUUACGUACCCUAGUGGUGUGGCGGUCUAGGGGAAAAGGGGAACACACAUAAAGGCCACUCAGACAAAAACCCUUGCUGUUUACACAACCAAAAAAAAAAUAAUGAGGAACACAGGAAAUGACUGAAGCCAAGACAACGGGAAGUUUCAAAACAAAUAAAGGUGUGUCUGGUGUUGAGACAGACAGAGUGUCAGUGAUGGAGGGAGAUUCAGUCACUCUACACACUGGGGUUCAAAGAAACCAACAAGAAGAUAUUAAAUGGUAUUUCAGUGGCACUCGCAUCGCUCAAAUCAGUGGAGAUCUCAUUGAUAUCUGUACAGAUGUUCAGUGUAAUGAAGGUACUGAGAGAUUCAGAGACAGACUGAAGCUGGAUCAUCAGAAUGGAUCUCUGACCAUCAUGUACAUCAACACCACAGACUCUGGACUUUAUAAACUAGUGAUAAUCAGCAGCAGCAGCAUCAGUGAAACGAUCUUUGAUGUUUCUGUCACUGGUGUUUCUGCUGCUGAACGAGAAGAAGUUAAUGAGGGAGAAUCUGUCACUUUAGAUCCUGGUGUAACAAAACACCCAAAUGAUGUGAUGACAUGGUUUUUUAAUGACAGUCUCGUCGCUGAAGUCACUGGAGAUCAGAGUAAGAUCUGUACAGAUGUUCAGUGUGAUGAGAGAUUCAGAGACAGACUGAAGCUGGAUCAUCAGACUGGAUCUCUGACCAUCAUGAACAUCAGAAGCACAGACUCUGGAGUUUAUCAUCUACAGAUCAACAGCAGCAGCAGCAGCUUCAGUUUUAGGAGGGUCAAGAGUUUCAGUGUCUCUGUCACUAGUUCAGGUUUGUCUUCAGAUGCUGCAGCAGGAAUAUGUGCUGCUGUUGCAGUUGUUCUGCUGGUGGCUGCAACUGGAAGUGUUGUUGUGGUUUACUGUCGCCGCAGAAGAUACACACAAGCAGCACAGAAUAACGAUGAUGAUGAUCGAAAAGAUAUUCCUUUGAGUAAUGGGAUGCCCUUAAAUCAGACUCAGGCCUCGGCUUCCAAUUAAACAAUGUAACAUCAUUUAUAAUUUUGAUACUUUAAAAAGGGACACUAAAGAGAAUUAGGAAAUGAUGAAGAGAAGAAGAUCAGCUGAAACUCUCGUCACUCACAAAGUGAUCCCAAGACAUUUUCUGUUUCAUGUCUAAUGCACUAUGUAUACAGUUAAAGGUGGGGUAUGUAUUUUUUCAGAAACGCUUUAGAAAACUGAAUUGAGCCGAGUAGCAAAACAAACUUGUAUUCAAUCAGCAUUAAGGAGCGUUUCUACUUAUGAUGGGGAGGAUGGAGCGUUCAGCGCACAGGACGGACAUUAGCCGAGCGACGACAGAAAGAUAGAGAUGGUGGAUAAAAACAAAAGAGGAAAACGUCUGUGAAACAAAAGAAGGCUUAUGAUAAGGCAAGAAGUAGGACUCGUGUAAAUUUCGGAUCAGCUUUCCAGCACUGGAGAGAACUCAAGGAGCGGGAAGGCCUGCGAUCGGACACCGAGGUUGCUUUGUUUCUUCUUGAUAGUUGAGUAACAUUGGUUUUGCUUUGUUUCACAGAUCUAACACAUGUUGACUUUUGCUUAAAUAUGCUUGUAAUUUUCGCUUGUUAGAUCAUCUGUUGUUUGUUGUUUGACAACCAUAUUGUCGUUCCCUUCAGCUAUGAUAAAGACACUAUAAGCCUGGAGCGAGAACGCACGUCA